AUGGCGUUCAAAGCGAACCUCACGCUCAACGUCCUUUUUAUAUCCUUCGCGCUCAUUCUCACCAACGUCAUCCGGCUGAGGCUCCUGCCCUUCAAUGAUGACGCGAAACGGUCCCUCGGGUAUCCGUCGGACAGCCUCCUGAACUUCACAGAAUUGGCGACCGAGUACGGCUACCGCUCGGAAGAACACACGGUCGUCACGGAAGACGGUUACAUGCUGACGAUAUUCAGAAUCGUGAAGCAGAAUUGUCAGGGGGUCAUGAAUGGACCGCCGGUCGUUCUGAUGCACGGUUUACUGCAGAGCUCCGAUGCGUGGCUGGACGCCGGACCCGACGCCGGAUUGGCGUAUCUCCUAGCCGACGCAUGUUUCGACCUCUGGGUCGGGAAUCAGAGAGGUAACUACUACGCGAGGAGACACGUGCGCUACGACCCAGACGCAGACGCCGAUUUCUGGAACUUCUCGGUCGAUGAAAUUGGGCUUUACGACGUUCCGGCUACGAUCGAUUACGUCCUCAAUCAUACGCACAGUGAAAAGUUGAAUUUCAUCGGAUACUCCCAGGGCUCUGGGACGUUCUUUAUAAUGUGUUCAGAGAGACCUGGCUACUGUGAUAAAGUGAACGUAUUAAUCGGUCUCGCGCCGGCCGCGAGGCAGACGUACACAAAGUCGGUGAUAUACAGAAUCGCCUGUAUCACCAUAGCUGGAAUGGAAGGUAUGUUGAGAGCCGUCGGUUUCGAAGAGAUAUUUUCCAAGGGGCAGUUGAGUCAGGAACUUUUGGGCUUCAUUUGCCAAAUGAAAGCUCUAGCCGAGCCGCUGUGCGGGACCGGAGAGCAACUGUUCGAUUCCUUCCAUCCGGGCUCCAUCAGUAAUAGGACCCUUCGCGUCAUGUUUGGCCACUUCCCCGCGGGGACCUCCGUCCGCAACAUGGCCAGAUACGGACAGAGCAUGCUGACGGAUAAAUUUCAGAAGUUCGACUUCGGCGCCGAGAAGAACUCGCUGAUCUACGGCGAAGAACGGCCGCCGCAGUACAACAUGAAUCGCGUCACUGUACCUGUGGUCAUUAUGUACGGACUGAACGAUCACUUGGUAGACCCAAAAGACAUAGAUUGGUUGGUCGAGAACCUGCCUAACGUCCUGAGUGUGAAGCGAGUGGCGGACCCUCUUUGGAAUCACUUCGACGUUACGUACAGCCGGUAUACGGGGAAAAUGCUUUUUCCAGCCGUGCACAGGUAUCUGCUGAAGUUUAGUUCGUGA